GCUUCCAUCGACGGAGAGGUAACUCCGCGAGGCUGUCGUACACUUUGCAGUUCAAUCAAAAACCUUUUUGGUGGAAAAUUUCCCGAAGUGCAGCACGUGUUUAUCGGUGUUUGUCUGUUCCAGUCAAAAUUAAAAGAAAUUACAAUGCCGUCUGAUGCAAAGAAACGCGAACAACAACGUAAGAAGGAUGCUGCAAAGGCUAGACAGGCUGGCAAGAAAGGACCAGCUGAGCAGAAAAAGGAUGAUGUGCAAGAGAAAGUCAACGGCACAACCACUAAUGGCACCAUCAAGGAGGUGCCCUUGUCAGCAGAGGAAGCAUUGUGUGCCAAAUUAGAAUCUGAUGCUAGGCUGAAUGCUGAGGCCAGAUCUUGCACAGGAUCCUUGGCAGUGCAUCCCAAGUCUAGGGAUGUUAAAAUUGCCAAUUUUUCCAUUACUUUCCAUGGCUGUGAAAUGUUGCAGGAUGCUAUGUUGGAAUUGAAUUGUGGUCGUAGAUAUGGAUUAUUGGGUCUUAAUGGAAGUGGUAAAUCCACUGUUUUGGCUGUGCUGGGUAAUAGGGAAGUUCCAAUUCCUGAUCAUAUAGAUAUAUUCCAUUUGACACGCGAGAUUGCCGCUUCUGAUAAGUCAGCUUUGAAGUGUGUAAUGGACGUAGAUGAGGAGCGCGUGCGGUUAGAGAAAUUGGCUGAACAAUUGGUCGCCUGUGAAGAUGACGAAGCUCAAGAACAGCUUAUGGACAUCUACGAACGUCUCGAUGAUAUGUCCGCAGAUACUGCCGAAGCUCGCGCAGCUAACAUCUUGCACGGUCUUGGCUUCGAUAAAGAUAUGCAGGCGAAGGCAACAAAAGAUUUCAGCGGAGGUUGGAGAAUGCGUAUCGCUUUGGCCAGAGCUCUUUAUGUUAAACCUCACUUGUUGCUGUUGGAUGAGCCCACAAACCAUUUGGAUUUGGACGCCUGUGUGUGGCUCGAAGAGGAACUGAAAGACUACAAGCGUAUUUUGGUCAUCAUUUCACAUUCACAAGAUUUCUUGAACGGUGUGUGUACCAAUAUCAUCCACGUAAAUAAGAAAAGGCUUAAGUAUUAUACUGGUAACUACGAUGCUUUCGUCAGAACUCGCAUGGAGUUGCUCGAAAAUCAAAUGAAGCAGUACAAUUGGGAACAGGACCAGAUUAACCACAUGAAGAACUACAUCGCUAGAUUCGGUCACGGUUCCGCCAAGUUGGCCAGACAGGCACAAAGUAAAGAAAAGACUUUGGCGAAGAUGGUUGCACAAGGUUUGACCGAGAAGGUGGUCAGCGAUAAAAUAUUGAACUUUUACUUCCCGAGCUGUGGCAAGGUUCCUCCGCCAGUCAUCAUGGUGCAGAACGUCAGUUUUAGAUACAACGAUGACACCCCAUUCAUUUACAGGAACUUAGAGUUCGGUAUCGAUCUGGACACGAGGUUGGCUCUCGUGGGUCCCAAUGGUGCCGGCAAAUCAACUUUGCUUAAACUGUUGUACGGAGAUUUGGUUCCAACCGAGGGAAUGAUCAGGAAGAACUCGCAUUUGAGAAUCGCCAGAUAUCACCAACAUUUACACGAGCUGCUCGAUUUGGAUGUGACUCCUUUGGAUUACAUGAUGAGAGCUUUCCCUCAAGUUAAGGAACGCGAAGAAAUGAGGAAAAUCAUUGGCAGAUACGGUUUGACAGGCAGGCAACAGGUCUGCCCGAUUAGACAAUUAUCCGACGGUCAGAGAUGCAGAGUCGUAUUUGCAUGGUUGGCAUGGCAGACACCUCAUUUGCUGUUACUCGACGAACCUACUAACCAUCUUGACAUGGAAACGAUCGAUGCUCUUGCAGAAGCCAUCAACGAUUACGACGGUGGCAUGGUUUUAGUUAGUCACGACUUCAGACUGAUUAGUCAGGUCGCUCAAGAAAUUUGGGUUUGCGAAAAGGGAACGUGCACAAAGUGGCAAGGUGAUAUCCUCCAAUACAAGCAGCAUCUCAAGACCAAGGUUCUUAAGGAUAACGCUAAACGAAAAUAAUUCGUUUAGACACAAAUUUAGCUAUAUUGUUUUACACCUUUAUUUAUUCAGUAAUUAAUAUUACAAAUGUUGCUUAGCUAAAUUUUAUCUGGACAUUUUUUUCUGUGUUCUAGUUGCAGUAAUUAAAUAUGGAAUGUACUCAUCAUAUGUCGUGUUGUAGUGCAUUAAUAUUAAAAACAAACUAAAGGAAAACCUUCAUCAUUCUAUGGUCUUGUCCAGCCUAUGGUUGUAGAAUUAUAAAAGAAAACAAAGAAAUUCGGUGUACUGCAAUUUUUCUUAUAUUUUAAUUCAAUUAUUAUUGUGUAUUGGCGAAAUAUAAAUUUUUUAAGACAUGAUGAUAUUGAAUGUAUCUAGUUUAUUUUAUAUAUUUUCAAAAACAGAAUUACAUUUAUUUAAUAAUUUAAAAAGGCGAAAGCUAUUGUCUUUAAUAUCAUUGUAUAAUAAUAAUAACAACAAAAGAAA